AUGUUGGAAAAAACACGAGUGGAGUUUAUUGUAACAGUACAAAGACUGAAAAUAUGGGAGAAGAUGUUCGUUUGCGGUUCAGAUACGUCUCUUGGUGAAUGGGACCCACUCAAUUCAUUUCCGCUGACUAGACACUCAACAAAUGGUGAUAUUUGGUCUGGAACAGCUGAAAUUAUUGAUCCAACAAAGGAGCUAAAAUUUCGUUAUAUGGUUGGUUAUUAUCUCGACCCCUGUAUAGAAGGUAGUGAGCAACUGCUUAUAGUCAACAAAGAGUUAGUCUCGGAAAUAGUUAUUGUGAUGAACUAUCUAAUGAAUGAUGAUUGCAAAAAAUCUUUACAUUCAGCUGGUCAAUGUUUAUUAUCGGAUGGAUGGAUUACUCACAAUGAGGAAAAUAUAGUUCUAUUGAGAAUUCACGGCGAGGCUUUGAAAUUUUAUAAACCUUCUCAAAAGGGGAAAGAGCAUCGUGUGAAAAUCGUUCCAUUCGAUGUACGAUUUAAAGAGGUAUUAUUUAAUACUUGA